AGCCCUUGGGGUUUGCACACUACUUACCUAUUUGUGGAGGUGGAUUUUCUUUUCCCUCAACAAAACCUUUUGUUUGCAGAGCUUGGACAAACAGGGUUGUGUACUGAAGAAAUUUCCCAAGUCUCUGCCCAUGAUUUUGACUGAGGCCAAACUACUUGGGUGCACACUUUGUUGGCUCCAAGAUUAUACUAUGGAUUCAGUUUUCCCCAGGUGAAAUUAUUGCCUUAUAGCAGGCCCACCAAAAGGUAGGAUUAGUGUGUGGGUCACCUGAAAAAUCAUGUGAACCCCUUGAUCUGCAAGUCUCUGUGUUUGGGGCAACUUAGUAAAUAAAGGGUGGAGCUUCCUGGGAAUUCUGGUGUUUAGCAUUGAUCUUCUGCCAAUGAUUUACUUCCCUUGGCACUGUUGAAUUGAAGAUUAGGUGGUCACUUAUCAGAAAGUGCAGUAGGAAAAAACUUGUCAUUGCUGCUAAGACCACAGGUAUUGGCCAACUACAAGUUUCUGGCUAGAAGGGAGCAGGCCAGGAGAGAGGGGUGGACAUGCUGACGAAGCUCCAGUUCUCCCUGUCGGUCACCCUGCUGUUUGCCUGUGGCUUCCUCUACCAGUUCACCCUGAAACCCAGCUGCCUCAUCUGCUACCUACCUUCCUACAAGUCCCAGCAGGGGCUGGAAGCCCUCCUGGGCCGUGGGCGCAGCAUCGUGUUCCUAGAGACCUCGGAGAGAAUGGAGCCUACCCCGCUGGUCUGCUGUGCUGUGGAGUCAGCUGCAAAGGUUUACCCUGAGCAGCCUGUGCUGUUACUUAUGAAAGGGCUCAAUAAUUCCAUGCAGCUGCCCCCAAACUCCACUUCCCCAGCCCUUUCCCUCCUCUCAGCAAUUGACAAUGUUUUCCUCUUCCCUUUGGAUAUGAAAAGCCUGUUUGAAGACACACCGUUGUUUUCGUGGUACACUCGAAUCAACAGCAGUACCGAGAGAUUCUGGCUCCAUAUCAGCUCAGAUGCAUCCCGCUUGGCCUUCAUCUGGAAGUACGGCGGUGUCUACAUGGACACAGAUGUCAUCUCCAUCAGACCCAUCCCUGAGGACAACUUUCUGGCUGCACAGAAAUCUCAGUUCUCAAGUAAUGGGGUGUUUGGAUUCCUCCCUCACCACCCUUUCCUGUGGGAGUGCAUGGAAAACUUUGUGGAAAAUUACAAUCCACAUAUUUGGGGCCACCAGGGUCCCGAAUUGAUGACGAGGCUUUUGAGAGUAUGGUGCAAACUCAGAGACUUCCAGGAGGUGAGUGACCUCAAGUGUUUAAACUUCUCCUUCCUACACCCUCAAAGAUUUUACCCUAUCUCUUUUCGAGCCUGGCGACGCUACUAUGAAGUCUGGGAUACAGAACCGAGCUUCAAUGAUUCCUAUGCCCUGCAUCUGUGGAACCACAUGAACCAGGAAGGGAAGGCUGUGGUCAGAGGAAGCAAUACACUGGUGGAAAAUCUCUACCGUAAGCACUGUCCCAAGACUUAUAAGGACCUGCUUCAAGGUCCAGAGGGGUCAGUGACUAGGGAGCAGAGUCCAGGUAACAAAUAAGCCAAUGCUGGGUUGUUGGUGCAACACUGUGGAUUUAGCCACUUCCUGGAGUGCCAGGCUUUCACCUGAUCUCAACUUCCCUGGAGUGCAGAGGCUCACCCACAUAUCACUUACAGUCACAAUUUUCCAUGUUGUUUCACCAAAAAACCAUCAAAACUAAAAAAUGAGUUCAAUAAGGUGACAAAAUCAAUACACAAAAAUCAGCUACAUUUCUAACCACUAAUAACAAACCAUCAGAAAGAAAAAGAAAACAAUUCUAUUUACAUUUGCAUCAAAAAGAACAAAAUACCUAGGAAUAAAUUUAACCAAGGAUGUGAAAGGCCUGCACAUUGAAAACUUUAGGACACUGAUGAAGAAACUGAAGAAGAUAUAAUGAAACAGAAAGAUAUCAUAUGCUCAUGAAGGAUGAAUAUUGUUAAAAUGUCCAUUCUACCCAAAGCAAUGUGCACACUGAAAGCAAUUUAUACCAAAAUUCCAAUGGCAUUUUUUUUUCAGAAAUAGAGCAAAGAAUCCUGAUAUUUAUGUGGAACAACAAAGGACCAGGAAUAGCCAAAGCAAUCCUCAAAAAGGAGAAGAGGUUGGAGGUAUCUUGCUCCCUGACUUCAAAAGUAUUUUGAAGCGGCGGUAACCAGAACGAUUGUGAGGUCAAAGACAGACCCACAGGCCAGAGGACCGGAAGAGAGAGCCCAGAAAUAACCCUACAUGGAUGUGGUCAGCUUAUUUAUAGCCAAAGGGUCAAGAACAUACAGCCGGGCAAGUGCAAUCCCCUCAGUAAACAAUGCAAGGAAAACUGGACUCCACACUAAAGAAUGACACUGGACACAGUAUACAUUGCACAUACCACGGGCUAGAAACCUACACUUUUCCAUAUCAAGGCCUUCCUUUCCUGGGUCCUCUGAAGACGGACUCCCCCCAACCGCCACCAACCCUCAACUCCCGGCAAUCAUUUGCACACAAGAAGUUUCUCCCCGCCUUUCCUCACUUCCCUUUUCCCUCACCGUUUUCUCUCCAUGGGACCUCCCGGGGCGUGUCCUGAGAAAUCUGUUCCCAUCUGCAUGGACACAGUGUCAUGCUGUCCUCAAGCUGAAACCUCAGCAGGUCCUCAGAAGACGGAGCACUGACAGCGCUGACCUGCGGCGUGAGGAAGCGGAACCCGCACGGGUGCUGAAGGAGGCUGAGCUCCUGCCGCAGAACGAGAGGAAACCUCUCACACGCUCCCUGCAGGCGGUGGCGGAACCGCAGGCCCCACUUGUCAGCUGGGAUGGGUGGACUGUAUCUACAAUAGAAAUCCCAAAGACCAUUGGUAUAUAAAAUAUAGAAGUUUCUCUCUCAUGUAAAAGUAGUCUGAAGGUAGGCAGAUCAGGGUGGGUAUGAUCACUGCAGUCAUCAGGGACCCUGGCUUCUUGCAUCUUUCUGCUUACUGUCUCUAGCGUCCACAGCCCAUGGUUCAUACUACAGCUUGGUCUCCAGCCCAUUUCUGCAUGUCAGGCACCAGGAUGAAGGAAAGAGGAAAGGUGCACUUACCUUACUUUAUAAACUCUUCCUGCAACUUACCAUAUAACAUUUAACUUUACAUCUCAGUGACCAGUAUGUAGCUGCAAGAGAGGCUGGGACAUUUAAGGAGGAAGGAAAGAUGGGUGUUAUGAUAGGCGGCUGACAGUUUUACUACAUGUUAAAUUUACUUCUGUAAGGUUAAUUACAGAGUCUGAUAGAGCAUUAAAUUUACUUCUGUAAAAUUAAUUACAGAAUCUGACAGAGCAGGGGUCCCCCGCCUCUGGGCUGUGGAUGGUUAUCUCCUGUCAAAUCAUUGGUGGAAUUAGAUUGAAGUACACUUGAAUCUUCUGAAACCAUCCCCCUCCCCCCAGCCCCUGGUUUGUGGAAGAAUUGUCUUCCAUGAAAUCUGUCCCUGGUGACAUAUAGGUUGAGGACAGCUGUGUUAGAGAAUUGGCUGGGGGAAAAAAAAUCUUGAUUUCUACCCUUUAAUUUGAUACUCAUUAAAGCAUUCAGUCAGUAAUAUUAAUUCUGUCUCUCUGUGUGCCGAGCACUGAUUUAGAUGCUGAAGAUUCAGCUGGAUCAAGCAGACAAGGUCCUAAGUCAGCUUGGACUGCAAUAACAAAGUGCUAUAGACUGAGUGGUUAAACAACAAAAAUGUAUUUGUCACAGUUCUGGAGGCUGGGAAGCCCAAGAUCAGGGUGCCAGCAUGGCUGAGCUCUAGUGAAGAUCCUCUUCCAAGUGGCAGAUAGCACAUUUCUAGUUGAAUCCUCACAUGGUGGAAAGAGGCAAGAGAGAUCUCUGGGGUCCCUUUUAUAAGGGAACUAAUCCCAUCCAUGAGUGUCCUGCCCUCAUGACCCAAUUACCUCCCAAAGGUCCCACUUCCUAAUAUGAUCACUUUGAGGUAGUAUGAUUUCAACAUAUGAAUUUUGGGGGGAUCAACAUUUAGUCCAUUGGAGGUCCCCAGUACUUAUCUAAUGACUGGCCAUAUCCCCCCUGGGAUAGUCUCCUCUGCUCCUUAGGGUGCCUGCUAUUCCCUUUUCUACCCUAAUUGUCUUAAAAAAGCAAAUUACUCACUCAAAUUUUAAGAACAGCUGCCCCUUCUACAGUCACAUAAAAAUUUACUUCCUCUUCCUAGGAGGUAUGAGAAUUAAUAUUUCUUCCACAAAUACUCAUCAAUCAAGGUUUUCUAGAAAAUUUUUUUGAUAGUUUGUUUUAAAGGAAAGCAUAAAUUUAUGUUUUUCUCCAGAUAUAAAGUAAUAAUGCUUUUCAAACUACAUCCACCCAUCCCCUUUCAUUCUGAUAUUUCCUGCUUUGAGAAUCACUGCUCUGACUGUCUUACUAAAAAAUAAUCGCAAGUCAUGUCUCCUGCCCUAGCUUUGUUUAUUCCCAGCUAAUUGCUCCGGAUUCUUAGGUCUAGUCUGACGCUAGAGUGAGAUUUUGAGACCUGCUGCUACUCACUCUGGUGGCCCUCUGAUCAGUGUCCCCAGAGUCCCUGCUGGGUUUCAGCUCAUCUGCCUGUCUCCACAGGCAUGUCUUCUAGCACUAGCUCUUUGAGGGUGGAGCAAGGUCACACACUGGGCCUAAUUUCCACAUCUGGAGAAUGCAUGGCAAAUGUAUGACUAACGUUCCCAAUCACUAGGGUUUUGAAAAGUUUGAUUAGAAAUGUUUUCAAUAUUUCAAAAAUAUAUGAACUGUUUUAUAUGAUGGGAUCAAAUAGGUCAAGCUGAAUGUCACAUUUCUCUAUGCUGGGCUGUGAUGGUAUGUAUGAAUUCACUGUAGCAAUAUUGAUAAUUUGACGGUUAUAGAGAGUUUUACCUGGCAGCAAGAUGUUUUUGAUUGACAAGACGUCAGGCAGAAAUUAAUAAUGUAUUACUUAAUAAAUGCAGUUUGUUUAGUAGAAAAGAAUAUUUCAAAACUUGGUGGUGAUGGGAAAAAUGCAUAGACUAAAAGGUAUGUGAUUAAAAAAUGAGUACUAGAGAUGUAACGUACAACAUGAUGAUUACAGCUGACACUGCUGUGUGAAA